UCUGGCAAUAGUAGCGGCAACUCUAUGUCUUAUGAAAAAAGGCUCACUGCCGUCAAAAAAGCUGCCUCUCUCACUGCUCGCCUCUGUGAGAAGGUACAAAAGACACUGCUGAAGCCGAACACUUCUUCAAAAUCAGAUAAAAGUACGGCCUUGGUGGCCCAUUAUGAUAGAGCUUCGGACAGAAUACAAGAACUUGCAGAUCAUUCUACUGUCACUACUGCUGGACAUGAUAUUAAUAAUGGCGUUCAUGAAACGAAAUUGGCAAAGAACUUGGCAUGUCUUGUGGAUGAAUCUUCUCAUAUAAAUGAGAGAAGACCCAGGAGCAGAAUGGAACUCAAGAGGUCUAUUGAACUGCGCAUUAAGAAGAGGGUGAAGGAACAAUACCUCAACGGGAAGUUUCAGCACCUAAUGGCUAAAGUAAUUGCCACUCCAGAAACUCUUCAAGAUGCUUAUGAUUGUAUCAGACUCAACUCCAAUAUUGACAUAGUGUUAACUGAUGGGAAAACUACUUUUGGUUCUAUGGCUGAAGAGCUGUAUCUUGGGAGCUUUGAUGUUAAUGCUAAUACCUUCUCUAUCUCAACAAAGGGUGCAAGGAAAGAUGUUUUAGUGCUUCCCAAUGUGAAUCUGAAGAUCAUCCAGGAAGCCAUCAGAAUUGUUUUGGAAGUUGUCUACAAGCCCCACUUCUCUAAGAUUUCACAUGGGUACCGAAGUGGGCGGGGGCAUUCCACAGCUUUGAAGUACAUAAGCAAGGAAACUGCUGGUUCUGAUUGGUGGUUUACAUUGCUCGUUAACAAAAAGCUAGAUGCUUGUAUUCUUGCUAAACUAAUAUCAGUAAUGGAGGAGAAGAUAGAAGACCCUAGCCUCUAUGUUAUGAUCCAAAGCAUGUUUCAUGCAAAUGUACUCAACUUUGAGUUUGGUGGUUUCCCCAAAGGUCAUGGUCUUCCACAGGAGGGAGUAUUGUCCCCUAUAUUAAUGAAUAUUUAUCUUGACCUUUUUGACCGCGAAUUUUACAGAUUAUCAAUGAAGUAUGAAGCUCUCGUUCCAGGUUUUCAUACUGAUCAAAAAUCCAAGUCUAAACUGCGCAGCUGGUUUAGGAGGAACCUUAAAGGUAAUGAUCUUGGCUGUGCAGGUGAAGAGAGUUUUAGAGUCCAUUCUUGUCGUUUCAUGGAUGAGAUAUUCUUUUCGUUUGCGGGUUCUAAGGAUGCAGCUCUUAAUUUCAAAUCUGAGGUUCUAAAUUAUGUGCAAAAGUCUUUGCACUUGGAAGUUGAUGAUCAAACAGAAUUAUUGCCAUGUCAAAUGUCGCAGGGAAUCCGCUUUUUAGGCACUUUGAUUAAAAGAAAUGUGAAAGAAAGUCCUGCUACAAAAGCGGUUCACAAGUUAAAGGAAAAAGUUGUUCUAUUUGGGUUACAGAAGCAAGAGGCAUGGGAUUCUGGUACAGUUAGUAUAGGCAAGAAAUGGUUGGGUCAUGGUUUGAAGAAGGUCAAGGAAUCAGAGAUUAAGCAUUUAGCCAACAGCAGGUCUGUUCUGAGUCAAAUUUCCCAUUUGCGUAAAUCUGGUAUGGAAACUGAUCAUUGGUACAAGUACUUGCUGAAGAUUUGGAUGCAAGAUGUGAAUGCCAAAGCAGCAGAGAGUGAGGAAGCUAUCCUGUCUAAGUAUGUCUCAGAACCAGCUUUACCUGAAGAACUAAGAAACUCCUUUUAUGAGUUUCAGAGGCAAGUGGAAAAAUAUGUUUCUUCAGAGACCGCUGCUACUCUUGCCCUUUUGCCAAAUGCUGGUUCUUCUACCGACUCUGUCAUUGUCACUGAGAUAAUUGCUCCUGUUAUUGCAAUAAAAAAGCGUCUCCAACGAUAUGGAUUGAUCACACGUGAUGGUUAUCCCCGUGCAACGUCUUUGCUUGUUUUACAAGAUAAUCUUCAAAUUAUCGACUGGUUUGCAGGUAUUGUUCGCCGUUGGCUUAGAUGGUAUGCCAAGUGUGAUAACUUCAAUGAGGUAAAGCUCUUGAUCUGUGAUCUGGUAAGAAAAUCAUGCAUCCGAACACUAGCAUCAAAGUAUCGUGUGCAUGAAGCUGAUAUAGAAAAUCGAUUUGACACUGAACUAAGCAGUAUUCCAUCUACCCUAGAAGUUGAGCAAGAGAUGGUAGAUGAAACAUCGGACCCUCAGGCUUUCGAGAACGAUGAGGCUUUAAUGUAUGGAAUUUCUUACAGUGGCUUGUGUUUGCUCUCUUUAGCAAGAAUGGUGAGCCAGUCACGACCUUGCAAUUGUUUUGUCAUUGGGUGUACAGCUCCGGCACCAUGUGUCUAUACUCUUCAUGUAAUGGAAAGGCAAAAGUUUCCUGGCUGGAAGACUGGGUUCUCAAGUUGCAUUCAUCCCAGCUUGAAUAGACGGCGAGUUGCGUUGUGCAAGCAACAUCUCAAGAAUUUGUAUCUUGGUGAUAUAUCACUUCAAUCCAUUGAUUUUGGGGCAUGGAAAUGAAUGCAUUCAAUAAUUAAUAUUGUU